AAACUCACUCCGACCCCUCACCUCCUCUCCCUCUCUCCCUGUCACUCACUCUCUUUCUCACUUCUUUCUCUCUCUUCAUUCGAUUCGUCGCCCUCUUCUUGCGCAUUUCUCCCCAAAUUCUCCGAGCAGAACUUGGUCUUUUACAUGCUGAUGUUCAGCUUACAACUGAUCGAUUCUCUUGCCAGUAUCUUCAACCUAAGGAGUCCAAGAUCCUGCUUAAGAACAGUUGGCGGCUCAAGCAGCAGAUGCAGACUGUUUUAUUCUUUGAAAGCUUUUUCAUGAACAGAUAAAGUGUUUGAAAGUAAUGAGUGAAUGGUGAUGAUAACUAAUCUGCAUUAUUCUUUGUAUGGAGGGAGAUAGUAUGCUGGCAUGUCUUGCUUUCUUGUGAAUGGUCAUGCCUUCAGAGCUGAAACAUGGGAACUUUUUCCGGUUCUCUACUCCAGGACUUCUUUUCAUUUUCAUCCUUUUGGUCAAAAGCUUUGCGUCCUUGUCUGAUAAAUAUUUAGGUCUGGUUCUGGAUGAAAAUUACGGUGGAAAAGAAAGUAUCUACUUUGAAGAGCUAUCAUGUAAAACCUUUUUGGGGAAUUCCUUGUCUUGUGAGGACUUGAAUGGUAUUGGAUCAUUUAACACGACAUGCCGGUUGAGUUCAAGCUUGUAUCUAGACAAUGAUCUAUGUAUAUAUGGAAACGGAAAUGUGGAGAUAUCUUCACGUGUUAAGAUCAUGUGCCCGGUCAAAGGUUGCUCCAUCACUGUUAAUGUUUCAGGAAAUAUUAAAAUUGGUGCACAUGCAGAAAUUAUUGCAGGAUCUGUUAGUUUUGACGCCACAGAUGUUAUGCUGGAUCACCAUUCGACAAUAAACACAACAUCUUUAGGGGGGCUGCCACCAUCACAGACUAGUGGGACGCCCAUUGGCCAUGACGGAGCUGGUGGAGGGCAUGGCGGGCGUGGUGCUUCCUGUGUGAAGUCGAACAAGACAAAUUGGGGUGGGGAUGUGUAUGCCUGGUCAACUUUGUCCCACCCAUGGAGUUAUGGGAGCAAAGGAGGCAAUUCAUCUUUGGAAAACCAAUAUGGAGGUGAUGGUGGGGGUCGUGUCAUGCUCAAAGUUGAUAAAUCCUUGCUUAUUGAUGGAUCUAUACUGGCAGAAGGAGGCGCAGGAGGUCUUAAUGGAGGAGGUGGAUCUGGUGGAAGCAUUAUUAUCCAUGCUUUUAAGCUGACUGGAAAUGGUACUAUUAGUGCUGCUGGUGGAAAUGGAUGGGGUGGAGGAGGUGGCGGUAGGAUAUCUGUGGAUUGUUAUAGCAUACAGCAAGAUGUAACAAUUACUGUUCAUGGUGGGGAGAGUUUUGGCUGUCCUGAUAAUGGUGGUGCUGCUGGGACUGUAUAUGAUAGAUCAUUGCAGACUCUUAAGGUCAGCAAUAACAAUUUCACAACAAGGACUGAGACUCCGCUGCUGGAUUUUCCUGUGACUAUACUGUGGUCAAAUGUAUAUGUGGAAUCUAAUGCGAGAGCUUUAGUUCCUUUGCUGUGGUCCAGAGUGCAGGUAAAAGGCCAAAUCAAACUCCUUGAUGGGGGGAGCAUAUGCUUUGGGCUGUCUGAGUAUCCAGUUUCUGAGUUUGAGCUGGUUGCUGAAGAGCUUCUUAUGAGUGAUUCUGUCAUUAAGGUUUAUGGCGCAUUUAGGAUGUAUGUUAAAAUGCUGCUGAUGUGGGACUCCACAAUUCAGAUAGAUGGUGGUGGUAAUAGUGAUGUCAGUACAUCUAUGCUUGAAGCAAGAAAUUUAGUUGUUCUUAGGCAUAAUUCCGUCAUUUCUUCAAAUGCUGACUUGGGUGUCUAUGGUCAAGGGCUUCUCAACCUGUCAGGUCCUGGUGAUGGAAUCAGAGCUCAGCGCCUUUUCCUGUCACUAUUUUAUAACAUUGAAGUUGGACCUGGUUCCUUGCUUCAGGCUCCAAUAAAUGAUGAAGUUGAGAGCAACUUGUUUGAUCAGUCACGUUGUAAGAGCCAGACAUGCCCAAACGAGCUAAUCAUGCCUCCUGAUGAUUGUCAUGUGAAUAGUUCCUUGUCUUUCACACUUCAAAUAUGUCGUGUUGAGGAUAUCACAGUUAGUGGUGUGGUUAAAGGAAGUAUCAUUCACAUUCAUCGAGCAAGGACUGUCAACAUUAAAAAAUACGGCACUAUAAGUGCCUCAGAGUUAGGUUGCAAAGAGGGCAUCGGUGAAGGGAAAUUUCUAAUACAUGGAGCUGGAGGGGGUGCUGGGCAUGGAGGGAAGGGUGGGUCAGGGUUUUAUAAUGGAAUGCUUAUUGACGGUGGCCCAGAGUACGGUGAUGCCGAUCUCCCUUGUGAGCUGGGAAGUGGGAGUGUUGGGCCUAGCGACUCAGCUGAAAAUGUUGUUGGCGGGGGAAUGAUUGUAAUGGGAUCCAUGAAGUGGCCUCUUUCGAGACUGGAAAUUUAUGGUUCAUUAAUGGCUGAUGGUCAAAGUCAUGGAAAGACAGAUAUAAAAUCAAAUGGCACACAAAAUGGUGGGUUGGGGGGCGGCUCUGGUGGUACGAUUCUUUUGUUUCUACAAUCCCUUAUAUUAGAGGAAAACUCAUCUUUAUCGGUUGCCGGUGGUACUGGUGGACCGACUGGUGGAGGAGGAGGUGGCGGUGGGAGAAUUCAUUUUGAUUGGUCAAAUAUUGCUGUGGGAGAUGAAUAUGUGCAGAUUGCUUCUGUAAAUGGGACAAUAAUUUCAAGUGGAGGAGCUGGUAAUGGUGGUGGUUAUUAUGGGGGUGAAGGUAGUAUCACUGGGAAGACAUGCCCCAAGGGGCUUUAUGGAACAUUUUGCAAUGUAUGCUUGCUUGAACCAUCUUGGUUUUAUAUCAACUUAUAUUUUAGAUCUCAACUUCUACUUGGUGCUGUAAAACUCUAUGUUAGUUCUAAAAUGCUCUAAAUCUGAAACUAGAAG